UCUACCCAAAGCUGUAAGCUGCAGAGGUGAAAGUUUCAAGUUUCAAGUUUCAAGCACAGAGGAGAACAGAGUUCAACAAUGGCUGGGGUUGGGGAGCAGCAGCAGCAGCAGGGAGUUGUCAUGCCCAGAGUGAAACUGGGUACUCAAGGACUCGAGGUCUCCAAGUUGGGAUUUGGUUGUAUGGGGCUAACUGGAAUUUAUAACGAUCCUGUCCCUGAAGAAGUUGGCAUAUCAAUCAUCAAGCAUGCAUUUCACAGUGGGAUUACUUUCUUUGAUACCUCAUAUAUCUAUGGAGUUAAUACUAAUGAAGUAUUAGUCGGAAAGGCUUUGAAGCAGCUACCUCGGGAGAAGGUACAAUUAGCUACUAAAUUCGGUAUACAAUUAGCUACUAAAUUUGGUAUUGUGAAAUUGGAUUCAAAUGCUGUCAUAAUAAAAGGUACUCCAGAAUAUGUCCGUUCCUGUUGUGAGGCUAGCCUGAAUCGCCUUGGUGUGGAAUAUAUUGAUCUUUAUUACCAACACAGGAUUGAUACAACAGUACCAAUAGAAGAUACUCUGCGUGCUUGAGUUGAAAAACUCAGCAUUUCUUAUCAGUUAAAGAAGUUCAAAGGAUUCUCAUAAUGAAUCAUACUCCAGGGGAGGGGCAAGGUGAUCGAGAAGAGAUGUUAAAGAAAUGUGUAACCUUGAUACGGUAAUUUCAAGGAGAGGUUGUUGACGCUUCUAAUGGCAGAGUAUAAGCUUUUAAUGUUCAAAACUUUACGGUCAGGUUUGGGUGGAUGGAGUGGUCAUUCCGUCGUCAAAGUAUAAAAACAUUACACACAAGAAAUAGUUAUUCCUUAU